AUGUCUUUCUUGAAGAGUGCCCAAGCUUUAAAGCCAUUGUUUGACAGAGUUCUUGUUCAAAGACUCAAGCCAGCCACUCAAACUGUCAGUGGUAUCUAUAUUCCUGAAAAGAACCAGGAAAAGUUGAACCAAGCCACUGUCAUUGCUGCUGGUCCUGGUGUUAUCGGACCUAACGGUGAUACUAUCCCUACAUCUGUUCAAGCUGGUGACAAGGUUUUGUUGCCUUCUUUCGGUGGCUCUCCAGUCAAGAUUGGUGAAGAUGAAUAUUUGUUGUACAGUGACAAGGAGAUCUUGGCCAAGAUUGAAAACUAG